UUUAACCGGAAACACCAUUAGCGUCUCGUUCUCCGAUUCGUUCUCUCGCUCUCUCCCUCUUUUCCGGUGUACUCAGCCAUUUGUAAGCAGGCACAUUCUGCAUCGCUGGACAAAUUCGAUUGAAAAUGUCGCUCGUGAUUCCAGAGAAAUUCCAGCAUAUUCUCCGUGUGCUCAGCACUAACAUCGAUGGUAAGCGUACGGUACCCAUCGCACUGACUGCCAUCAAGGGUGUCGGUCGUCGGUAUGCCCACGUCGUCCUUAAGAAAGCCGAUGUCGACCCGUUCAAGCGUGCCGGCGAAUGUUCGGAUGAGGAAGUAGAGAAGAUCAUUACCAUCAUCUCUAACCCGCGCCAAUACAAAAUCCCGGACUGGUUCCUGAACAGACAGAAGGAUAUCGUCGAUGGCAAAUACAUGCAGCUGACGUCGUCCAACAUUGAUUCGAAGCUGCGUGAGGAUUUGGAGCGACUGAAGCGAAUCCAUGCCCAUCGUGGUAUGCGCCACUACUGGGGUCUGCGAGUCCGUGGUCAGCACACGAAGACUACCGGUCGCCGUGGUCGUACCGUCGGUGUAUCCAAGAAGAAGUAAGCGCAUAAGUGAACGAAUGGCAAAUUUUCACUCCUUUGUGGUGGUGUGUUUUGUGUGAGGCGGGAAGGAAAGGAGCGUUGUGAGAUGUGCGAAAAUUGUAAGAACUAUUAUUGUAGUGUAGUGGCAUCGUAUCCGUGCAUCAUGAUACGAGAUGUGAGAUGUGCUUUCCAAUAAAUAGUUCUUAUUGAAAAAAAUA